AGAGGCGAAAUUAAAAGGACGGCGAGGGGUUGGGGUUUCUCAACUCCUCUCUCCCGUUUCUUGUUAUCGCUCUUGGCGAUUCAUCCUGGGCAUCGCCACCACGCUCGCCGUCGGUUCGUAAGCAAAAAUUAGGAAGACAAUUAUCACGGAAUGCUGAAAGAUGUGCUUGCACACAAGAACCUUUUCUAAGGUUAAUUACCAUGGUGUUGCUCUGGAUAAGCUACCAUUGUUCGUCUUUGAGGAUGCUACAGUACACAUUCAUUUCCAAUCCAUGCUAGAUACACAGUCACAUAGUGGAUCUAUAAUUGUUCCAGUGGCUUUGAUGUCUUAUGACCUUGUGGAAGAUGGUUGAGCUCAGCUUUGCUGGAUAUUGAAUUCCGUAAUAGUAUAUUACACUCUAGCAGGGGGGUUUAAGACAAUUUUUUCCCCAGUGUCCUUGCUAUAUUAGAGAUGGAAAUGGAAAGUAAAGGAAGUGUGUUGAUGCAGAAGUAUGAGUUCGGGAGAUUCCUAGGCAAAGGAACUUUUGCUAAAGUUUACUACGCUAGGAAUUUGAAAACUUCCCAGGGCGUGGCUGUAAAAGUGAUCGACAAAGAGAAGGUCAUGAAGAUAGGUCUUACCGAUCAGAUAAAGCGAGAGAUUGCUGUGAUGCGAUUGGUGAGUCACCCAAAUGUUGUGCAGCUUUAUGAGGUAAUGGCCACAAAAUCUAAGAUAUACUUUAUCCUGGAAUAUGUAAAAGGUGGUGAGCUAUUUAACAAGAUUGCGAAAGGUAGGCUCAAAGAAAAUGUUGCACGGAAAUAUUUUCAGCAGCUGAUCAGUGUCGUGGAUUUCUGCCACAGCAAAGGUGUCUAUCACCGCGAUUUGAAACUUGAAAACCUUCUUAUUGAUGAAAAUGGAAAUUUGAAGGUUUCAGAUUUUGGCUUGAGUGCUCUUGCUGAGUCCAAAAGGCAGGAUGGUUUGCUCCACACAGCAUGUGGUACUCCAGCAUAUGUUGCUCCUGAGGUGAUCAGCAGAAAAGGAUAUGACGGUGCAAAAGCUGAUAUCUGGUCUUGCGGGGUGAUUUUGUUUGUUCUCAUGGCUGGUUAUCUCCCUUUCCUUGAUUCAAAUCUGAUGGAGAUGUAUAGGAAAAUUGUAAAAGCCGACUUCAAAUGCAUGGGUUUGUUCCCAUUGGAUGUUAGGAGACUGCUUGUGCGAAUUCUAGACCCAAAUCCAAAUACUAGAAUGGUGAUUGCAAAAAUUAUGGAAAAUUCUUGGUUCAGAAAGGGACUUGAUGGAAAAUUAUUGAACGAUAAGAAGGCAACACAGGAAAUUGAUCCUUCUGAUGAUGUUGAUGAAGUGUUUGAUUCCUGCGGUAGCAACGGUGUUGAGGCAAAAGAGGAGAUGGGAAAACUUGCUAAUUUAAAUGCUUUUGACAUCAUCUCUCAUUCGGCAGGAUUUGAUCUUUCAGGUUUAUUUGAGGAGACCGAUCACAGGAGAGAGGUAAGAUUCGCGUCUGACCAGCCAGCUUCUUCAAUAAUCUCAAAACUGGAGGAAAUAGCCAAGCGCCUGAAGCUAAAAGUGAAGAAAAAGGAUUACGGGGUACUAAGAAUGGAAGGAUCAAAGGUUGGACGAAGGGGGGUUUUGGGCAUUGAUGCUGAGAUUUUUGAGAUUGCUCCAAAAUUUCAUAUCGUGGAGAUCAAGAAGACCCAAGGGGAUGCCUUGGAAUACGAGGAGAUGUGGACGCAGGACAUAAGACCGGCCCUUAAACAUAUUGUUUGGACAUGGCAAUGCGACCAGCAGCAACAGAAUCUGUGACCUUGCUAACAAAGUUUAAGUUUGUUCUGAUGCUUUUUGGUUAAGUGGUUCGCAGAUUGGCGUUUGGUUUUGUUUGCUAUC